AAAUUGUUCAAUUGAUAAGUUAAAACUUAUCAUGCAGGCAGGCACAUUCACAAAUAUGAAUAAUGCCGAUUCCAAAUUUAUUAAUAGUUGCACGGAGAUAACAGGUCAAAGUAACACUGUCCUGUAUUAUCGACGAGGUGUAAACAACAAUAAUAGAGGAGGCCGAGGUUAUAAUCGUGGCAGAAAUUACAACCACAACAAUUACAACCGAGGCGGUAACAACAACAACAACAACAAUAAUUACAAUAACCGUGGAGGAAGACGAGGCCAAAAUCGAGGAAGAGGCCGAGGUAAUUCCAACCAAGGUUCGGGUCUCUGCUGUUUCUAUUUUUGGUAAGUGCGGCAGCGCGUGUGACUAAUU